GGAGAGGUGCCCUCUGUGAGUUAAGUGGUGGGUAGUCAGGGCAGGUACUUCUGUUCAUACACACUUGUGCUCUCUGUGAGGUGAGGUCUAAGGAGAAGGUAUGACGGAGUUGGGAAGAGGGACCCUGUGACUGCUCCCAGCACCCAGAAGCUACAGCUCUGAGCACCCAAGUGCUUUUUCUCCCUGCUCACAAAGUGUUUCUUUCGAAGGCUAAAGCAACAGUGCAGAGCUUAUUUUAUUGUCUGUGAAGAACCACGGACCCUUUGUGCCCCGAUGGGGGACUCGGGAUCCAGACGAUCGACUCUUGUAUCUCGGUUGCCAAUAUUCAGGAGAAGUGUUAGCCGGAGACACGACUCCCUCCCUUCCUCGCCUUCUUCUGCCAGUGCCAUUGGUGUCCACACGUCCUCCCCAUCCAGCACAAACUCCAGCUCUGGGAGCACAGGAAAGCGCCGGAGUAUUUUCCGCACUCCUUCCAUUAGCUUCCAUAACAAGAAGGGGAGUGAGCAGAAACCUGACUCAGCGAGUCAAAAUGUUAACAUAUCAAAUGGUGCCCAGUCCUCUCUUAGCGCUUUUCAAGCACUCAGCUUAGAUGAGCACAUAAAAAGCAGAGGAAGGCAUUCAGUUGGCUUUGGCAGCUCACGUAACAAGAAGAUAACAAGGUCUUUGACAGACGAUUUUGAAAAGGGAAAGGAGCCCUCAGCUAAUAAGAAUGUCUUUAUCAACUGCAUAAGCUCUGGGAACAAUGAGGGUGAUGAUUCGGGCUUUGCAGAAGAGCGAAGCCGACACUCUGUCAAACAGUCCACACGAAAACUUCUCACGAAAUCCUUUUCAUCACACUACAAAUUUUCUAAACCAGUUUCAGAGAGUCAGUCCGUUUCCUCUGUGCAGCAGCCCAGGUGCUUGCUGGAAGUUAAAUCCUAUGUGGAAAGUGAACCUGUGAUGGCCAAGUCGUCUCCUCCAUGCUCAGCUGAGACGACGGAGUGCAUGGGCAGCUCCCUGCAGUCCCCGCUGCUCUCGGCUGACCUCACAGCUGCCCAGACACCUUCGGACUUUGUCGCUCUGACCGAGGACUCUGUUUCAGAGGCUGAUGCCCUGCCCAGCAGUGGGCCUGGGGCACUGUUCACAGAGGAUUUUGGCCAUGAUGUCUCUGCCUCUCAGAUCUUCUUUAAUCCUGCUGCUGCUCCUGGGAGGGAGACAGAUACUGUGCAAAGUAGUGGCCAUUCUGCUGGCGUAUCUCCUGUGAGUCGUGCAAGCUCGUGCAGCCUGGACUCCAGUACCUUAUUCAAAACCUCAGUUGCUAAUCAAACAAAAGUACUGUUGCAAGCCAAUGGGCUACAUAUUAAUGAUGCCAGGCACAUAGAAAAAAUUGACUCAGAAAAUGCACAUUUAGAAACCUUGACGUUACAGCGUAGUGAAGAACCAGCAGUGACGCACUCUCCAAAGGCACGGGGGUUGAGUGGCAGCAGCAAUGAAAGCACUCCAUCCAAGCACAUGAGAGACAUAAUUCCUGUAGUGGAGUCUAAGACUGUUCCAUGUUCUGAACCUCAGUCUUUUAAAAUGCAUCAGAGUUAUGAAUCAAAUCAUCCUAAAGUUGAUCUUGCCAAUAGCCUCAGUCCAUACCGGGAAGGCAGAUUUGUUGAGAAACGACUGAGGUCCUCUUCAGAAGGUACUGCUGGGGGCAGUCGGCUGAUCAUAAAACCAAAGGAUGGAAAUGCAGAAGAGCUUAACAGCCUAAGGAAGCAGAGGGCAAGCUCAUCCUCUUCCAAAAUGAACAGCAUGGAUGUUUUGAAUAACUUGGGUUCCUGUGAGUUGGAUGAAGACGACCUAAUGCUUGACUUGGAGUUCCUGGAAGAGCAACAUCAUCAUCGUUCUGUGUGCCGGGAAGACUCAUACCAGUCAAUAGUGUCAUGUGCUGCUGUAGUACUUACCCCUGUAGAGACCACAGUGGAUACAAGGAAAAAAGAACAGAUAAUGCCUGAUGUGUCCAAACAGAAUCUGUCCCUGAAGCUGUCGAAGGAGGUGGAGCAAGGAGAAGCCAGGCACCCUCGUGUCAGCCAGCUGGCUGGCAGCCCAUCUGUGGAGUGGCCUUUCCCUGGUCUGGAAGAAGGUGGAGGCAUUGAGUCUCUGCCCUUCAGACUGAUGCUCCAGGACUGCACGGCUGUAAAGACAUUGCUUCUGAAAAUGAAGAGGGUUCUUCAAGAGAGUACUGACAUGAGUCCAGCUAGUAGCACAGCCUCCCUUCCUGUUAGCCCCCUUCCUGAGGAGCCGUUAUUUUUCAAGGAUGGAAUAAAAGAUGAAUGCUCAGUGCUGAAGCUGCAGCUGAAGGAGAGAGAUGAACUCAUAGCCCAGCUUCGUGAGGAGCUGGAAAAGGCUCAGUGCUUUCAGAAGGCUCUUGCUUCCCAAGCAGAUAAAUCCACGCAGACAGAACUCGUGGGUCAUGAUGGAUGAAAGAGGGCCUUCCAUGAUGAGGAGUGCUACAGCGUCCUUAAAGAUCAACAUGACGACUUUGCUACUUGAGGAAAUUGAAAGUAAAAUAUCAACACAACUGAGAAUCAUUCCAAUAUGUGUACUGAGAAUCAUUUAGAGCGUGUUGGGAGUCUUGCAGAAAGAGCAGUGUGUGCAACAGAUUGAUUUCAAUGCUGCUAAAUAAAAAGAAAUUAAUGUGUCCUAAACAAUCAAUGGCAGUUUAACCUCCUUCACCUUCCUAUGCCGGCAAAAUCUUCUUUUAUUGGGAGCUCAAGGAAUAAUUUCUUUCAUGUCAAUCACGUUGCUAAAGUGGACCAGAAGAGGAAUAGACACAGCUAGCACUGGGACUGAUUACAGGAUCAUGUUAAGGGUACAGAUCUAAUGAUGGCUGCUAGCUAAAUAGGUAGUCCAAAGUAUCGUGCAGGCAUCGCACAAGCAGUCUGCAGCAUGUGCCACUGCUGAUUAGUUUUCAUUAAAAUGUGUCUCAAAACAGAAUUAAACAAUCACAGGACAAUUCUUGUUUCUGUCAGCAAGGGAAGUACAACUCAGCACCACUUUGUCAACCUUUAUCAGCCUUUAAGAGUUUGUGUUAAUUUUAUUUUCCACAAAGUAGAAAUUCCCGAGCUGACAUGAUUUCUACAAUGUCUUUUCUGUGUUUGCCUUCUGCUGAUGUUAUGGGUUUCAAAUCUGAGAACUGCUAUCCUCUUCGUUCUUUGUCUUUCAUACUGAGAGUAAAGCUGAUGUAAACAGGUUUUGGACUGGUCCUAAACUCAUUCCCCAUUUAAUGAGUGUUCUUUCCAGUGUAGCGGUCCUUACAUUUUGUAUGAUGCUUCUGAUGUCUCAGACAACAAACUUGCAUACCAUUGCUGUCAGUCUGCUGCAGUUUGGUUUGCACAGCUACAGACAAAAAUUGCCUUUCUUUGGUGAUCGCCAACGCUGUGUUUAUGACAGCGCUGUGGGCCAGAUAAGAAUGCACUGACUUUUGUACACUGACCUGUACAAUCAUGCAAUGUUAAAAUCCAUACUGAUAAAUAUUUUAGGGUAUUGGGUUUGUAGUAUGCUGUGCAUUACCUUGGACAGCAUUCAUCCCUUAACCUCUCAAAACCUGGGCACUGCCUUCUGCAGCGCCUCUGUGUUUGAUUAGGAGGAAGUGGAAGCCGGGGAGGUGGACACUUAACUGUUCCCCUCCACCUCCCUGCUGAGCUCCUGUUCCUCCCUGCCAGCCAGCGUGGAAUGUGGAUACUGUAGAGAGACUGCAUUACAUUGUGUCGUCUCCUUGAGGAAAGCAGGGGAACAGGAUGCUUCUUGAACUUUCCAGUCUAACCUAAGUAUGUUGCUGCCCAUGUUAUUUGUGUAGUUUGUUACAGAUUGAACUGAGUUGUGUUUUCCCACCUAAACUGGAAAAUACAUCCUACUUCUGCCUCUGCUCCUUCCCUUGCAGGCUGAUGUCCAUCUGCUAUUGUAUUUUACUACUAGGUUAUUUUUCUCCAUUUGUUUAUUUAGUCUCUGAGUUUGUUGUCUCAUGUGUACAGGGAAACAGUACAAACCUGUGCAUACUGUACCUUUCCCUAAUGCAAAAUUAUAUUUUAAAGAAAAAUACCUUUAGAAAGAAAACCAGCCAUUAACUAUUUCAAUAUUUGCUUGGAUUGUAUGUCUCUGUGCUUAUUCAUAUGUACUUAUUCAUGUCUGGAUAUCCAAGUUGUUCUUGAUAUGCUACAUCCUCUCCUACAACUUCCUUUAGCAUUCAUUUUCUCUCCUCAUGUUUCCAUUUUUUUCUAUUCAACUUCAAAAUAUAAUUUCAAAAUGGAUGUUUUUAGGGUGUGUUGUGUGUGCCAAUUAUCAAACUUCAAUGAUGUCAGACUAGGGUGAUACUUCUUCUGGCUUUAAUGGUUGCCUUUCGCCAACCCUUGUGGAACACAUUGCUUCACCAUCAAGCCCCUACAUACUUGGUGUUUGAAUUGCAUUUAACCACCAGUGGACAGUGAACGGGAAUGGAUUGUUGCACCUGCUUGUGACAGGGAAAAUACAGUACAAGUUACUGCUGCCAGUUGGCUGGAGGAUAAUAGCUUGUGCUGAGGGUUUGGUGUUUGUGGUGUUACAUGGAAAGUGGUAACAGGUUUUCACAUAAUCUUCAGCAGUAAAUAGGUUCUGGAACAGAAACUGAGGAGUGCCAUAUGAAAAAGACACUUUCAUUCUGUGGCUGAUUAUCAGCAGGGUAUUCUGCAUUGAAUUUUGCCAUCUCCUAGAGAUGGCAAAGAACAAUGAAAUUUGCAUUCUGCAGUGAUGUAAUGCUUAAUUAGUAUGAAUGAUCUUCAGUUUCGAUUUCUGGAUGCUUGUAUAGAUAAGCCCUGUGCGGUUUAAAUAUCUGUAGUAAUAUGAUGAUGAUAUUAUAACUGAGUUUCCUCACAGACCCGAAAUUAAUAUAGUACCAGUAGUCUCUGGAUAUUUAAAAAAGCAUUGGUUUUAUUUAAUAUAAUCUUCCAUAACAGUUCAAUGUUUUUCUUGCCUUUUUAAAAUCUUUUGACUUAUUCUAUGUUUUUUCUGUCUUUGUAUCUGCAGUUAUGCUGCUGCUGUCUUGCUUUGAAAGUGCAAUAAAAUAACAAG